CAAAUCUCUCAAACCCUCUCUUUCUCUCUCUAACUCGAACACUUUCUCUCUCUAAAAACAAACCCUGUGAGUUAGUUAUGGAUCGUAACGGCGUGUUUUCACUCGCAUUGAUCUGCAUCGUCGUCGCCGGCGUCGGAGGCCAGUCUCCCACGGCGGCGCCGACCACAUCACCGGCUACUCCGUCAGCAACCACUCCAGUUUCCACACCAGUAGCUCCCGUUGCUUCCCCCAAACCCGCUGCCACAACACCCGCUGCAUCUCCUUCAACAGCCACAGCUCCUGCUCCGGCGACGACCACACCUGUGACGCCAGUGACCUCACCGCCGCCGGCGGCUGUUCCGGUUGCCUCUCCACCACCUGCUGCUGUUCCAGUCAGCUCACCUCCAGCCAAAUCUCCACCUGCACCUGCUCCUACAGCUGUUCCCGUUGCAGCGCCUGUCACCACCCCCGAGGUUCCUGCUCCGGCUCCUAGCAAGACGAAGAAGGACGCCGCACCAGCACCGUCACCGGUGGUUCCAGAUUCACCUCCGGCUGGAGCUCCUGGACCUAGUGAUGCGGUUUCUCCUGGUCCAGAUGGUGCCGGCACCGCGAACGAUGAGAGUGGAGCUGAAACCAUGAGGAGCUUGAAGAUGAUGGGAGGCUUGGCUAUGAGCUGGGUUGUUCUUGUUUUUAUGUUCUAGACAAUAUUGCUUUUAUCAUCAUAUUCUUGUAUUAUAAUUUAUUAAUUUGUUUUCCUUUUUGGCUCUGUGAUGGGCACGCAUCAUUACAUUGAUUUACAUUGUUACUCAUUCUGAUUCUUAUUAUUAUUCUAUCAUUCUAUUGUUAA